UGUUCUUGAUCAUCACCUCUCUGGGGGGAGAGAGAAAGAGAUGGCUUACAACAAAGGGUUUCAUAGCAGCAAUGGAGGGAAUAAUAGAGGAAGGCCAUAUGUGUUGAUAUUACUAAUCACAUUUGGGGUUGCAUUGCUUGGUGUCAUGGUGCUUCACAAGCUCAGAGAGAGACGCAUCUACAACCUUGUUGUCAAAGAGAAAGACCAUCAGCUUCUUGCCCUUCAGCUUUUCUUGCAGAAGGAAAGAGAUCGCACCAAAGAGUUGAGAGGGAAGAACGAAGAGAUGAAAGCGAAAAUAUACGCCCUGAGAAGUCAAAAGAUGGAGCUUGCUAGAACAGUUGCGGAGAUGCAAUCCACCAUGGAUUCACUGAAAGAUGAGCAGAAAGUGAUGGAAUCCGCGUUUGAGGAGAAGCAGAAUGAGCUCAGAAUGAUGCAAGAAAAGGGAAGCAAUUUGGGACAAGGAAGCUCUGAAAUAAUAGCACUAAGAGAGAAUCUUAAGCAGAAGGAAGCAGAGAUAAAGGACUUGAAGCACCGUCUUGAAAUCCUACUUAAGAACCACCAGGUAAGCAUUAAUGAUCAUCCAACCAUCUUUUCAGAAAUUGUGACAGCAAAUGGAACAAUGGCAUCACAAGAUGAAACUGAGAAUGAUAAUAAAGAAAAAGAUGGAAAUUCUAGUGAGUCUGCAAAAUAUGGGGGUGAUGAUGACAAGGGUAUUACAAAUGAAGAUGCAAGUGAAAGCAAAUUAACCAAGUUCAAAGAUGGCGAGGUUACAGCUGAAAUAAAAGAUGAAAUUCAGACUGAUGAGGAGCUAGGAAAGAAAUUUGAAGACCCUCAAGAUGAUGGUGGUGCAGAUGUCACUGCCAAAGAUAUUGAGGCUGUAGUGAUGGAUGGUAGAGAAAAGAAAGCAAUCAGAGAAGAGAAGCCAAUUGCAAAAUUUGAUGGUAGAGGUCAGGAUUUCAAUGGGAAACAAUUGGCUGGCGUGAAAAGGAAACAUGGCCAUGUAAGUAGAACAAAAGGGAAGCGCUGGAGAGCCAUUGUCAAGAACAGGUUAAUGGAGAACAAUGGAAUUUUCGAAAGUCAUGAUGAGACAAACAUGGGCAAUAGAAAGGCUUACAGAGAUGAGAAGGAUGAGUUGAAGGAUAGAAUAGUUGGGAGAGUCUCUGCUAAGGAAAAUUUUGCUAGAGAGGAUAAGAGAAGAGACAAUAAUAAUCCAAGAAAAGACAAGCCAGAGGCCAAAUUGCUGAAGCCUGAAAACCAUGAAAACAAAGAAGAUGCCAAAAACAUGACAGUGAAUAAUAUAAAUCACCAGGUGACAAAUAAUGGCAUUAAUACUCACCCAGAGAAACAGAGACUGGAUGAAAUAAUACAGACAGAAGAGGAUGAAGACAGUCAUGUCCAACAAAACUGGAGCAGGAGACAUAUCAACAAAGCUGACAAGAAUGCAGGGCAAACAAAAUCCAACAUGUUUCAUGAAGAGUCUGAAGAAUUUGAGGUUUCGGAUGUACGAAAGAAAGAGAAAGAUGCGAUUGAUGAUGGUGAUGAGGACAAGGAUACUGAUGAUGAUUUCGUCAAGGAAUCCCACUCUGCAUUUGAAGAUGAGAAGGAGGAGUACAAUGAAGAGAUAGAAUAG